GGUUACGGAUAUGCAGUGCACGCUGAGGUUAUGGAGGGAUCAUUUCUCCAAGCUGCUAGCAGGCGAUGACGGCGCCAAUUCCGCCAUUGGAGGAAGCAGCCCGAUACCACCAAUCGACGACAAUGUGGAUAUACCACUACCUAACCAUGACGAGGUCCGAGUUGCUAAAACGCGGCUCAAAAACAACAAAGCAACCGGUGCUGAUGGACUGCCUGCAGAGUUAUUCAAGGCCGGCGUCGAAGAGCUGAUAAGGUGCAUGCAUCAGCUCUUGUGCAGAAUAUGGCUAGAAGAAAGCAUGUCCAACGAUUGGAAUCUCAGCGUCCUUUGUCCCGUUCUGAAGAAAGGUGACCCGACGAUAUGCGUCAACUAUCGGGGAAUCAGCCUGAUUACCAUCUCACACAAGGUCCUAUCGAGCGUAAUAUGUGAACGACUGAAGCCGUAUACCAGCACACUGAUCGGACCUUAUCAAUGCGGCUUCAGACCUGCUGCAUUCGAUAGCCCGAUGAAGGAACGCCUAUAUGCCACCAUGUCUGAGUUCGGUAUUCCUGCAAUGGUAAUACGUCUUUGCAGAAUCACAUUGAGCAGCAUCAUCAGCUCUGUCAAGGUAGGAACGAACCUCUCCGAACCUUUUAAUACCGUUCGAGGUUUUAGACAAGGCGACCCCCUGUCUUGCGACCUCUUCAAUUUCGUGAUGAAAGGUGUUCUGCGGAAAGCCGGUGUACAUCGAUCUGGCACUAUUUUUUAUAAAAGUGUCCAGCUCCUUGCUUAUGCCGAUGAUAUUGACAUCAUUGGCCGCAGCAAGCGUGAUGUCACUGCUGCAUUUUCGGCUAUCGAAAAAGAGUCGGCAAAAGUGGGUUUGGCGGUAAACGAGGGCAAGACGAAGUAUAUGCUGUCGACAAGCAGGGAGUCGCGGCGCCUAGACUCCCAUGUGGUAGCGGACAGCUAUACCUUCGAAGUGUUCAAGGGAGUUCACGUACCUUGGCGCUGCCAUUAACACCGAAAAUGACGUCAGCCUGGAGAUCAAGUGAAGAAUCACACUUGCCAAUAGGUGCUACUUUGGUCCGAGUAAACAAAUGUGCAAUAGAGACCUCUCUCCCCGAACAAAAUUAACACUCUACAAGACACUCAUCCUACCCG